AUGAUUGUAACUUCCACCACACCGGCCCCCCAGCCUCUUCUAGAUCCCGCCCCCUCCGAGGGGGAGCUCACCUCUUCGGUCGGAUCCUGCUCGGAGGGCGCCCUCUCGGGGGAGGAGGAUGAUGAGGAUGACAAUGACGAUGGGGCUCUCUUCCCCACUGGGUGGGAUGGUCUGCCGGCAGACGAGCACCAGCGCUCGCUUGGGCGCCUGCUCCUGCUGGCCGAUGACUAUUUGGCCGCGGAUCCGACUCUGUCGCAGGCCCCGGCCUCCUUCUGGGACGACCUGGCCCGCACCGUGUCCAGGGGUGUUGUGCCUGCUGGCAAGGCCGCUGCCGCUGCCGCUGCCCCGGCCCAGACUCUCGCCGGCCCCGGAGAGCUUCCCUCUGCCAAGGCCCCCGAUGGUGCAACGCCAACGGGCGCCUCCAAGAACUUGUGCGCCCUGUUUCGUUUCAUGCCCCAGCCCCUUUUGCCAUCCUUCUGA